GUGUGCUUGGCGAGGAUGAGGGAGUGGGCAUAUAUACUUCGUUGAUGCCCCAGAACCAAUCCUCAACAUCAAAACACCACAACCGCCCAACAACAAAAACAUACCAGCGAGGUCAUCGUCUCUUAAACUACAUUGCCGAUGACAGACCACUACACCAACACCAUCAACGCCCGAGACUUGACCACAAGACUCACCCAAGUCUCCCACGACACCCAAACCUCCAAUGGCACCACUGGACGUUCCUCCACCAUGUCAAGCGGAGCCCGAAGAUCCCGAGCCUCCUCCUUCGAGCUACCCAAGUUCUCCAAGUCGUCCACAAUGUCAACAAUGUCGAGCUCGGGGUCGGACUUUAUCACGCCCGCAGUACCCAGGACCAAGACGAGCAGAGAGAGUGCGGAAGUUGGCAUCGGAGAGUUCAGCAAGCCGAGGGUCAAUGAAAGGAGCCGGCGCGAUAGUGCUAAGAUCGAAGGGAAUGAUGAUUUCAGGUACUAUGGGAGACAUGCGAAUCAGUGGCUGUUCAAUGACUUUAGUGUUACUGAAUCGAUUAAGAAGGGGUGGGGGAAGGUGUUUGGGAAGGAAAACGAGGGAGAUUGGUAUGAGAAGAGGAACUAAAGAUGCAACGAGUGAGUGCAUAAGUUUGGGAAGGAGCGAUCGAUAUGCGAAGCCCUGUGGAAAGGGGGGCGUGAGAGCGCGAGAUUGGAAUUUGUGUUGUCCACAAGUAAAUAGUGUCCACAGCACGAAUUUAAAACAGGAUACUUGCAAUCAGAUUCCCGUACUUCUGAGACAUCUA